AUGUCUGAGCGAGAACAAUCAUCGUCUGGACCUCCGAAGUCUGUACGGCCGACGAUCACUUUGCCGGCUCGGAGUUCAAUGGAUAAUUAUUUUAUCGGCGGUCCAGGAGCGAGCCCAGGUCCGAUGACUUUGGUUUCCAGCUUCUUUGCUGAAAAUGAACCAGAAACUGACUUCCGGUCGUUUUCACAACUGCUUGCCGGCGCCAUGGCGUCUCCCACCGCGGUGCCAAAUGUCAGGCGUGACUUUCCUCCGUCUCAGGAUGCGGCAGUUCAUAGGAAUUCUGUCGGUGAUGUGUUUCAGCUGAAUAGGCCGGCGGGUUUGGUGGCGUCGGAGCAACUGGGCGUGUUUACCAUACCGCCAGGAUUGAGUCCGGCAGGGUUGCUUGAUUCGCCGGGAUUCUUUCCACCGGCUCAGGGUCCUAAUGGGAUUUCUCAUCAAAAAAUGCUGUCUCAAGUUUCGGCUCAGGCUCUGGCUCGACAACAGAUGCCGCCCCCGAUUGCCAGCCAUAACAUCACGAAGGAGUUAUCGGACAUUUCUCAUUCUGAUCAGACAUAUCAACCUUCUAACUUGACCGUUGAUAAACCUGCAGAGGAUGGGUAUAAUUGGCGCAAGUACGGGCAAAAGCAAGUGAAGGGCAGCGAGUAUCCUCGAAGCUAUUAUAGAUGUACGCAUUCAAAUUGUCCGGUCAAGAAGAAAGUCGAACGGUCUCUUGAGGGACAAAUAACUGAGAUCAUAUACAAGGGACAGCAUAAUCAUCAGCCACCCAGUAAGCGUGGAAAUUCGAAUGGAACCUUGAAUGUUCAAGGGAGCUCUGAGGAGUUGCCUUCUUAUUCGUUGUCUACUAAAGAAAGGGAAUCGAGCCAGGUUACACUGGAACAUGUAUCUGGAUCAAGUGACAGUGAGGAAGUGGGUAAUGCUGCAACUAGAGUCAAUGGAAGGGAUGAUGAUGAACCACAAUCCAAGCGAAGGAACAUAGAGGUUCAGACGUCAGAACAAGUAUCGAACCAUCGGACAGUUACAGAACCUAGGAUCAUUGUUCAGACGAUCAGUGAAGUUGACCUUUUAGAUGAUGGUUAUAGGUGGCGAAAAUACGGCCAGAAGGUCGUUAAAGGAAACCCUUACCCAAGAAGCUACUACAAGUGCACUAGCGUCGGCUGCAAUGUCCGCAAACAUGUUGAAAGGGCUCCAAGCGACCCAAAAGCCGUCGUAACAACAUAUGAGGGCAAGCAUAAUCACGAUGUACCUGCUGCCCGCAACAGCAGCCACAGCGCUGCUAACGCUACUUCACAGGCAAGACCCCUCAAUACUUUGAUUGAUAUGCAAUCUGCAAAUAGAAGAACAGAAUUUGGGAACAAUGAGCAACAGUGUAUUGCACUCUCUGGAUUCAAAGAAGAACAAAUAAAUUAA